ACCAGCCAAAAACAUUGGGGGCAACAAGCUGGAUUUGAUAAAAGGUAUUAAGGCAGCCAUUGAGGCUCUGACUAAACCUUCAGCAGUUCAGCAUGAAAAGAGAACUUCACUCACUGAGAAUGCUACCAAGGUGCUGAACAAAGGGAGAAUUAUUUUGGUGACCAAGUUGGAUAGUGAGGAAGAGGUAAAAAACAUCAAGGAAAAAUUUCAUGGAACCUUAUUGUACAUGAACAAGAAUGCUGCUGCCACAGAUAAUUUAAUGGCAAUCAAUCACUGUGACCUUGUCAUUCUCAACUUGUGGCCAGAGGGUCCACCAUGCCCUAUGCCGAUCAAAUCAUGGCCAGAUGUGUCUACUAUUGUGUCCUGUGAGUUCACAAACAUCCAGUGUGGGACUGCCUUAGCUCCAAAACUUUGCAAUCUGGUGCUGAAACACUAUGACUUAGCCUCAACCACAGUGACUGGUAUACCAAUGAAAGAGGAGCAAAAUGCAAGUUCAUCAGCAAACUACGAUGUUGAACUAUUCCAUCCAGCAACCCCUCAUGCAGCAAUUUUAAAAGGAAUUCCAUCAGAAACUGCACAUCUUAAGACAUAUCGUGAAGGUACAGAUUAUGAGACAGUAACACUCAAGUGGUGUACUCCUCGCAGCAAUGCUAGCAUGGAAUUGCAGCACUGCUCAUCUGCCUAUAGGAUAACAUCUGUUGAUGUUAAUAGCAGACCUUCUUCUUUGUCUAACAAAUUCUUACUGAACGGACGAUGGGUUAUGUUGGAAAUGCCACGCAAGUCAGGAAGUAAAGUCAUAUCACACAUGCUGGCUUGCCAUGGAGGAGAUAUUUAUAUUCACACUAUGUACACUUCACGUAGUAUACUGGAAGAUCCACCGUCAAUCAGUGAGGGAUGUGGAGGCAGGGUUACUGACUACAGGAUUCCUGAUUUUGGAGAACUAAUUAAAGCAAAUAAAUUAGCCCCAUUUCCAGCACCCACAUCAGAAAGUGAAGAGAGCUUGACACCACUUGAGCGGAGCAAAGAACAACUUAACAGACACACUAAGUACUGGCCAAUAACAUUGUCUUCAACAUCACUUUUCAAUUUGGGUCCUCAGAUUGAACCUCUGGCAGCAUUAAUGCUAGAAGACAAUCUAACAGAGGAUGAAGUGGUUGAAUGCAAGCAGGUGAUUCUGUAUCUGAUGAACAUGGAAGCUCGAGGAGACCCUCUCCCAUCUCCAUGGCAGGGCAGAGAGGGAAGGGAAUGAAACGAGGAGGACCAGUAUA